GGAGGAGGAGGAGGAGGAGGAGGAGGGGAUUUGGGCGGACGCAUGACGGAAAUGAAACGGGCAGAGGAGAAGCGCCCCCUCCGGCGCUCACCCACCGAGAAGCCCCCCUUCACCCUGAGCCAGAUCAAGAAGGCCAUUCCCCCUCACUGCUUCGACCGCUCCCUGCUCCGCUCCUUUUCCUACGUCGUCCUCGACCUGCUCUUCGCAGCACUCUUUCUCUACUUCGCAGUGGCAAUCAUCCCAAAGCUUCCGCCCGGACUCGUCCUCGCUGCCUGGCCACUCUACUGGAUCCUGCAGGGCUGCGUCCUCACCGGCGUGUGGGUCAUUGCCCACGAGUGCGGCCACCACGCCUUCUCCGACAACUCCCUCCUCGACGACGUGGUCGGCCUCGUCCUCCACUCCGUCCUCCUCGUUCCCUACUUCUCCUGGAAGUACAGCCACCGCCGGCACCACUCCAACACCGGCUCCAUCGAUCGCGACGAGGUCUUCGUCCCCAAGCCCAAGUCCGCCGUCCCAUGGUUCACCAAGUACCUCAACAACCCGCCCGGCCGCGUCCUCACCCUAGCCAUCACCCUCACCCUCGGCUGGCCUCUGUACCUCGCCUUCAACGUCUCUGGCCGUCCUUACCCCCGCUUCGCCUGCCACUUCGACCCCUACGGGCCUAUCUUCUCGGACCGGGAGCGAUCCCAGGUCGUCAUCUCCGACGCCGGUCUGAUGGCGGUAUCGUACGUCCUCUACCGCAUCGCCGCCGGCUACGGCUUCUGGUGGCUGGUCCGGGUGUACGGCGUGCCGCUUCUGAUCGUGAACGGGUGGUUAGUCCUCAUUACCUACCUGCAGCACACGCACCCGUCGCUGCCCCACUACGACUCCGGCGAGUGGGACUGGAUGCGGGGGGCGCUGGCGACGGUGGACAGGGACUACGGGCUGCUGAACAAGGUGUUCCACAAUAUCACCGACACCCACGUCGCCCACCACCUCUUCUCGACGAUGCCACACUACCACGCCAUGGAGGCGACGCAGGCCAUCAAGCCGGUGCUGGGGGAGUACUACCAGUUCGACGGCACGCCGCUGCUGAAGGCCAUGUGGAGGGAGGCGCAGGAGUGCAUCUACGUGGAGCCAGACGAGGGGAGCAGGAAGAAGGGGGUCUUUUGGUAUCGAAACAAGCUGUAGAUGAUGGCGGCACCGUCGCUUGUGUGCCGUCGGGUGCAUCGUUCUUUUCGUGUAGGAUUUGUCCUUUGCCACGUUGAAAAGAUCUAAGAGAAAGGUAAGAACUACAAGCAACCGUAAUACUAAAUCUUUUCGUCUUCGUUGUCA